AGGGGCGGCGGCGUGCAGGGAGCAGACGCCGCUGGCCGCGCGCGGGAGCCGGGCGCGAGCAGAGCGCAGCCGCGAGGGAGGCGCGGGGGAGGCGAGCGGGAGCCGGAGCCGGAGCCGAGCAGCAGCCAGUGUUGGCGGGGAGCAGCCGGGCGCAGCCGGAGCCAGGGCGCAGCCGCGAUGGCCGUGGCCGUGGGGAGACCGUCUAAUGAAGAGCUCCGAAACUUGUCCCUCUCUGGCCAUGUUGGAUUUGACAGUCUUCCUGACCAGCUGGUCAACAAGUCGACUUCUCAAGGGUUCUGUUUCAACAUCCUGUGUGUUGGUGAGACGGGCAUCGGCAAGUCCACGCUAAUGGACACUUUAUUCAACACCAAAUUUGAAAGCGACCCCGCCACUCACAAUGAACCAGGCGUCCGGUUAAAAGCCAGAAGUUAUGAGCUUCAGGAAAGCAACGUCCGGCUGAAAUUAACCAUCGUGGACACUGUGGGCUUUGGAGACCAGAUAAAUAAAGAUGACAGCUACAAGCCCAUCGUGGAAUAUAUCGAUGCCCAGUUUGAGGCCUACUUACAAGAGGAAUUGAAGAUCAAGCGGUCUCUCUUCAACUACCACGACACCAGGAUCCACGCGUGCCUCUACUUCAUCGCCCCUACUGGGCACUCCCUGAAGUCCCUGGACCUGGUCACCAUGAAGAAGCUGGACAGUAAGGUGAACAUCAUCCCAAUAAUUGCAAAAGCUGACACCAUCGCCAAGAACGAAUUGCACAAAUUCAAGAGUAAGAUCAUGAGUGAACUGGUCAGCAACGGAGUCCAGAUCUAUCAGUUUCCCACAGAUGAAGAAACGGUGGCAGAGAUCAAUGCGACCAUGAGUGUAAGUCCUCAAGUGAGAAAGGACCAGGCAGUGAUGCUCCAGCAGGCUUUUCUUCGCAUCAGCAUGGCAGAGCGACGAGGGCACUAGACUGGGAACUUGAUGUCUUCAGAGUGGCCUAGCUCUGCCACUAGUUCCAGUCAUUUAGCCACUGUGCGACUGGUUCUCCCAUCU